AUGGCGUCUGCCGCAGUGCUCUUCAAUUUCGAAGUGGCUGGGGCAAAAACUUCAUGUUCGCGCGGGCAGGCAGACAUUGCCCCUGCAACGCCCCAGCGAUUCGCUUUCAGGACACUUCCUCCCUCUCUGUUUGAGGUAUUGAGGCUGGGCCGCUUCCAUUCCGACUACAGGGUGGGGUCAGGAUUGAGGCGCUUCUCGCCGAGGGCAGAGAUUCCUUGGGAGGGAGUAGAGUCUAUUGGAAGUUCCAACUUGGUUGACAGUGUGCCUCAGGCUGAACAGGUCAAGGAUGAGGCACAGGCUCUCAAGUCGAGCAUCAAGCGUGUGGAGAAGGAGAUUGACGAUGUGGAGAACAAGAUUAAGACUGCUGCGGCUGCAGGCAAGAGCACAGAGUUCUUGCAGCAGGAGAAGGCCGCGCUGCGGCAGAAGGAGGCUGCGCUGGAGCAACGACUGAUCGCGCUCGCGCAGGCGGAGGUGGAAAACUUGAAGCCGCAGCAGACACCAGCGGCGGGGGUUCCAGACCCUGCAGUCUUGGAGAGGCUUCAGAAGUACGCUGAGUUCAUUGCGCAAGCGGACACUGCCAGUGGAGUCAUCCAGAUUCCGCCCGAGCUUCGGGAGGGACUGCCGCCAGGCCUGAGGGAUAGCAUUGUCAUUCGGGAGUGCUAUCGCACGGUGCUGAAGAAGCUCGAGGUUCUUGGGAACAACUUUGCGGUCAUCCUGAGUGGCACCCCGGGCAUUGGAAAGUCUGCCUUUGCUGUCCUCCUCCUGCACUGGUUCGCAAAGCAGGGGGCACAAGUGGCAUACAGGUACAUGGAUAGGAUCAGAAAGGACACCAUACUUUUCUUCGAUUUCUCCAAUCCGUCGGCGAUCAAUGUCAAAAAGGCGUCUGAAGGCACUGCUUACUGGCAAUCCAUUCUAGACCUCUGCGAGCGCCCUUCUGUCUGGCUAGUACAAGAUGGACGGGCUCCCCGUGAAACGCAGUUCCCGGGCUACGGUCGCUGGGUGGUACUGUGCUCGCCCAAUUCUGACAAUUACAUGGAGUUCGUCAAGGGGAAGCACGCUGAAGUCUGGUGGCUCCCCGUGUGGACGCUAGAGGAGUUGCUGGAGUGCCGGCAGCGCUUCUACCCUGACAUGUCACAAAAGCGGACGGAGGAUCGCUUCGAGCAGUUUGGCGGGGUCGUCAGGAGCGUCUUGGCGGACCCCGGCCGAUCGUUUGAGCAUCUUGCGAGGUCACUCUCUGCUUUGGAGGCGGUGGACCUGUAUGGCCUUGGCGCAGCACCUUCGGAGAGCGCCAUACGGCACGCAUUUGCGCACAUUGAAGCGACGAAAGAUCUGGAAUUUGAUGGGUUCCGCCUCGGUUCGCCGCGCAUCGGGGACCUCGUCUUUCAAAAAGCCAAGGAGGGCCGAUGGCAGGAUCUAGUGGACCUGCUGCACGCGGCUGCCAGCAACCCUAGGGUCGGCGAGAUUUCAGGGUCCUCGUUGGAGGCGUACGGGCAUGUGAGGUGCGUCCUGGGCGUAGACCUGGACGACGACGACAUCAAGGAGGUGUUCCGAAAGCGGGUGGGUCGGCCUCGGAAGCAGGAGGGAGCGAAAGAGGGAGCGAGGGAGGGCGGGGAGGUGUCCGAGAAUGACCCGGGUCAGUCGGGAGAGCGGGAGGAAGCGGUUGAAGAGAUCAAGGAGGCGUUCCGGAGCUGCAAGGAUUUUGUGUCCGACAGCAAGGAGGAGGGGAUCAAUCCGGCGGAUCUGAAGCACACGUACCCGUGGACCGGUCCCAAAAAGAAAGGUGUGGAUGGGGAGAUGGUCAUGACAAAAGGCGCUCUCCCAGGGGACGAGGUCCCUACCGAGCUGAAGAGCAUCAAGCAAUGGGUGGUUCGCCUGAAGCUGCCUGAUGCGGGGAACAAGGUUCCGCGCAUCCCCAAAAAAAUGUUAGUGUUGCCUGACAAAGAGCUGUCCGAUGAUGACUUGUCUGACGACGUGUCCAGAUAG